AUGUUGAGCACCAGGCAGUGGCCGGAAGAGCACGGGAUAAUCGGAAACUACUUCUACGACCGGUCCACUGAGGACGUGUUCGACUUGACCAACACCAAUUCCACCCGGUGGCGCAAGUGGUGGCAAAAUGCGGAGCCCAUUUGGAUCACGGCAGAAAGACUCGGGCGCAACGUGUCGCUUUACCAAUGGAGCAGAUGCGACGUUGAUUUCAAAGGCAGCUUGCCUAAAAUGUGUUCCGGAUACAAUGCGAGUCGCUGUGGGGAUUUGAAAGAUCUCAAAGAGCAUUUGGACGCCGCCAUGUCAGACCUAGAAGGAAAUGUCAACCUCGCCAUGGUUUAUAACGAAUUCGUGGGCAACAUCGGUCGAAAAUUCGGACCAGAUUCCGAAGAAUCAUUUGAUGCAGUUCGGAAAACGGACGCCGUUUUGGAAGAAUUUCUCUCGGUACUGAAUAACUCAAAAAUUGCGAAUCACUUGAACGUGAUGGUCAUUUCAGAUCAUGGAAUGACAUCUUUGGAUACCAAGAAAAAAAUCAUUGUUGAAGACAGAGUCGAAAAACAUGAUCUUCGAAAAGUGGUUGGACGAGAAUCUUACAUGAACAUUUUGCCGCAAUCCGGAGCUGAAAAAUCG